CGUCUCAUGAAUUAUGCAGGAGCGGCGAGUCCCGGCCGGGCCGAGACUGGGCGGGGAUUGGCUGGAGGGGCUGUAAUUCAGCGGUUUCCGGAGCUGCGGCGGAUACUUCGGGAGGGGGGGGCAGCCUGGGGUUUCUUCGUCGCGCGGAGGCAGCGACCCCGAGCUCGAUCCUUGACUAGCACCCCGACCCGGCGCUCUGUCCUCUCGUUUGCGAGGAGAGGCCCUAAGGCCCGAGGGAGCCCCGCGGCCCGCACCCAGGCGCAAGUGCAGCCCCGGACCCGUCGGGCCUCCGCCGGAGAAACAGGACAGUGAGAAAUUGAGAGGAGGGGGUUAGAGAAGGAGAGAGACACCUGUAGACCCGCUUUACCACUUGUGAAGUGUCCCUCCUGCAGUUGGGACCCCCUAAGUGAAGCAGGAUGGCCCAGUGGAAUCAGCUUCAACAGCUGGACACCCGGUACCUGGAGCAGCUUCAUCAGCUGUACAGUGACAGCUUCCCCAUGGAGCUGCGGCAGUUUCUGGCCCCUUGGAUUGAGAGUCAAGAUUGGGCAUAUGCAGCCAGCAAAGAAUCACAUGCCACUUUGGUGUUUCAUAAUCUCUUGGGUGAGAUUGACCAGCAGUAUAGCCGCUUCCUACAAGAAUCAAAUGUUCUCUAUCAGCACAAUCUCCGAAGAAUCAAGCAGUUCCUUCAGAGCAGAUACCUCGAGAAGCCAAUGGAGAUUGCUCGAAUUGUGGCCCGGUGCCUGUGGGAAGAGUCCCGUCUCCUCCAAACUGCAGCCACUGCUGCACAGCAAGGAGGCCAAGCCAAUCACCCCACAGCAGCAGUGAUAACGGAGAAGCAGCAGAUGCUAGAGCAGCACCUACAGGAUGUUCGGAAGCGAGUUCAGGACCUAGAACAGAAAAUGAAAGUAGUAGAAAACCUCCAGGAUGACUUCGAUUUCAACUAUAAAACCCUCAAGAGUCAAGGAGACAUGCAAGAUCUAAAUGGAAACAACCAGUCAGUGACCAGGCAGAAGAUGCAGCAGUUGGAACAGAUGCUUACUGCACUGGACCAGAUGCGUCGAAGCAUCGUGAGUGAGUUGGCGGGGCUUUUGUCAGCUAUGGAGUACGUACAGAAAACACUCACAGAUGAAGAGCUGGCUGACUGGAAGAGGCGGCAACAGAUUGCUUGCAUUGGAGGCCCUCCCAACAUCUGCCUAGAUCGUUUAGAAAACUGGAUAACCUCAUUAGCAGAAUCCCAACUUCAGACACGCCAACAAAUUAAGAAACUAGAGGAGCUGCAGCAAAAAGUCUCCUACAAAGGGGACCCCAUUGUGCAGCACCGGCCGAUGCUAGAGGAGAGAAUCGUGGAGUUGUUUAGAAACUUGAUGAAAAGCGCCUUCGUGGUGGAGCGGCAGCCCUGCAUGCCCAUGCAUCCGGACCGGCCAUUGGUCAUCAAGACUGGCGUUCAGUUCACUACUAAAGUCAGGUUACUGGUCAAAUUCCCUGAGUUAAAUUAUCAACUCAAAAUUAAAGUGUGUAUUGACAAAGACUCUGGGGAUGUGGCAGCUCUCAGAGGAUCUCGUAAAUUUAAUAUUUUGGGCACAAACACCAAAGUCAUGAAUAUGGAAGAAUCCAACAAUGGCAGCCUCUCUGCAGAAUUCAAACAUUUGACCCUGAGAGAGCAAAGAUGCGGGAACGGAGGCCGAGCCAAUUGUGACGCCUCCCUGAUUGUGACUGAGGAGCUGCAUCUGAUUACCUUCGAGACUGAAGUGUAUCACCAAGGCCUCAAGAUCGACCUAGAGACCCACUCCUUGCCAGUUGUGGUCAUCUCUAACAUCUGUCAGAUGCCAAAUGCCUGGGCGUCAAUCCUGUGGUACAACAUGCUGACCAACAACCCCAAGAACGUGAACUUUUUCACCAAACCUCCAAUUGGGACCUGGGAUCAAGUGGCUGAGGUGCUAAGCUGGCAAUUCUCCUCCACCACAAAGCGAGGCCUGAGCAUCGAGCAGCUGACAACACUGGCAGAGAAACUCUUAGGACCUGGUGUGAACUAUUCAGGGUGUCAGAUCACAUGGGCUAAAUUUUGCAAAGAAAACAUGGCUGGAAAGGGUUUUUCCUUCUGGGUCUGGCUGGACAAUAUCAUAGACCUUGUGAAAAAGUACAUCUUGGCCCUUUGGAACGAAGGGUAUAUAAUGGGCUUUAUCAGUAAGGAACGAGAGCGGGCCAUCUUGAGCACCAAGCCCCCAGGCACCUUCUUGCUAAGAUUCAGUGAGAGCAGCAAAGAAGGAGGCGUCACCUUCACUUGGGUGGAGAAGGACAUCAGCGGGAAAACCCAGAUCCAGUCGGUGGAACCAUAUACCAAGCAGCAACUGAACAACAUGUCGUUUGCUGAAAUCAUCAUGGGCUAUAAGAUCAUGGAUGCUACCAAUAUCCUGGUGUCUCCACUGGUCUAUCUCUACCCUGACAUUCCUAAGGAAGAGGCCUUCGGAAAGUACUGUCGGCCAGAGAGCCAGGAGCAUCCUGAAGCUGACCCAGGUAGUGCUGCCCCUUACCUGAAGACCAAGUUUAUCUGUGUGACACCAACGACCUGCAGCAAUACCAUUGACCUGCCGAUGUCCCCCCGCACUUUAGAUUCAUUGAUGCAGUUUGGAAAUAAUGGUGAAGGUGCUGAGCCCUCAGCAGGAGGGCAGUUUGAGUCCCUCACAUUCGACAUGGAGUUGACCUCAGAGUGUGCUACCUCCCCCAUGUGAGGAGCCAAGGACAGAAGCUGCAGAGAGAGAGGACGGAGGCACCUGCCUGUGUUCCACCAACCCUUAACCAGCCAAACCCCAGAUCAUCUGAAACUCCUAACUUUGUGGUUCCAGAUUUUUUUUUUUUUAAAUCUCCUACUUCUGCUAUCUUUGAACAAUCUGGGCACUUUUUAAAAUAGAGAAAUGAGUGUAUGUGGGUGAUAUGCUUCUAUCUAAGUGUGAAUAAGAAUGCGAAAGCUGAGACUGUGAUCAGGGGAUGUGGAAGGGUGGCGAGAGGGAGAAAAAGGAGAUGUCGUCGCCCCUCCCCCGCCACCCUUCUUUCUCAGACUUUCCAUAGUUGUUAGACAAGUGCCUCCAGUGCCAGGGGCCGCCCUCUGCCUAUUCUGUCAGCUAAAGCCACAGGCUGCCUCUAGCUACAUACUCCUGGCAUUGCACUUUUAACCUAGCUAAUGUCCAAAUAGAACAUAGGACUUUCAGUGCCCCUAGGUUUCUUUUUAAAUUAAAAAAUAAUAAUAAUAAGGGCAUAAAACACUGUAUUGGCCUAGCCUUUUCUGUAUUUAAGAAAAUUCAGUUUUAGUAUCCUUGGUGCUUUAGGCAUUCAGCUUUCUUGAGGCUGAUAAUUUAUGUAAACCCUAAAAUGGGCUUCAUAUCUGACCUUUAAAAGAUUCCAGAGGCCUGGCCUUUGGUUUCAAAACAGGAAGGUUUAAAGAGAACUUAAACAUUCUAGACAUUUGUUAAUAGUUAGUUACCUUCCCCUUUCAUGUUGUUGGCCUUAUUAGAGGAUAAGGCUGGACAAAGGAGCUUAUGACCUGCACUCCCUUUGUCCUUAGACCUUAACUCCUGUUUCAGAGACUGAGUUUUUCUGUGGGUGCCUUAUAUGGGAUGAAAUCAUUAUUUUUCUUUAACCCCAGUCCACCUGGCAACCCCUCCCCAGUAUCCCUGUUUGCUUUAGGAAUCCUGGUCUCAGAUCCCCGCCUCCCCCAAUAAGAGAGAAUUACAGAUGGAACAUGAGUCAGACUGUGGGGCCCCAGCCAAGAGUCUGGUUGAGCUCAGGGAAUAUGGUUCUUGCCCUAGUUUCUGGAUUUCCCGUGGCACCUGUAAUCACCUCUUCACUCAGUUAACCCAGCUGAAAGGCCCACUGAUAAACUCCAGGCCUGCUUCCUACAUGAGUGGACACCCAGCCUCCCCAGUUGAGGCCCCUGAAUGAAGCAGAACUGCUCACAUCUAGUGUACAUUUUUGGAACACUUCACAGUGCAUGAGGUGGUGUCUGAUAUGAGGGCCUCCUCUCACAGUCAUGGUGAGAUGGUGUGUCCCCAAACCACCUGUCCAAGUUGACUGGUCUUUGUGAAGUGCUAUUCCUUAUGCCCAGAUCAACCAGUUUCUGAAUUAUGAGGGUGAGGAUCCUCUCCCCAUCCUCAUCCUCCCACCUAGAAAUGCUGAUAGGUACAGAGCUCUCCCUGCUGCAGCCACAUACUCUAGUUCAUAAUUAGCUUAACGGUUCCCAUCACAGGACCUGGGGCAAGGAUCCGGGCUUCACUGGAACAGGUCUUAUAAAGUUCCAGGCUUGUAGGUAGCAUGUGUCUCUGGUUUUUAGCUCUGAUUGUAGCAAAAGUUCUGAGAGGAGCUGAGAUGAACCUUUGAGCCCUCCUGGGCCUGCCUGCUUCCUCCCCACUAUUCAACCCCCCCAACCCCCACGUCCCUGUCCCAGCCUGAUCCUAGCCUAGCUAGGGACUCCCCUGGAUCGCUUAACCUCCCUACGCAGUGGUUUGGAAGCUGCUGUCUUGGCCACUGCAUUCAAAUUCCAGUGUAUACUUAAUAGUGUAAAAAUUUAUAUUGUUUUUUUUUUGUAUAUUGCUGUAUCUACUUUAAUUUCCUGAAAUAAAAGUUAUAUAGCAUCCCUC